UUUUGGGGGCCCGACGCCUCGUUCAGCGCGCUCAAGGGCGUGAAGAACGUCAGGGUCGGGUACACAGGAGGCGAGAGCGAUUUCCCGACGUAUUCAGCGGUGUGUGCCGGAGGAACCGGGCACACGGAGGGGUAUUACGUGGCGUACGACGCGGCGACGACGAGCUUCGAUAAGCUGUUGGAACAGUUUUGGAGCGAGCAUCAACCCACGUACGAAAGCAAAGCGCAGUAUAAGAGCGCUAUUUGGGCGCAGACGCCCGAGCAGUACGAAAAAGCGGUGGCGUCCAAGGAAGCGCGCGAGAAGCAAGUGCAGCGAAAGUUCUUCACCGAUAUCUACCCGCCGGAGGUCUCUUUAGCGACACCGUGGUGGGAUGCCGAAGAGUACCAUCAAAAGUACUACAAUAAACCGCGCGUGUCGCGUUUCGGGUGGUGA